GCCGACGCACGGAUCAACCCGUGACUCUUACAGCGGCGGGCCUCAGACCCCAGCGCGGACGCGGACUUUGUCUUUGGGGGCCCUGCUCUGCCCUUCCUGGUUUCCGGCAAGAUCGCAGAGGAGCCGGCGUGCCCCUCUCUGCUCUCCAGCCUUCCUCACCAUGUCCAAGAUGCCGGUCAAGAAGAAGAGCUGCUUCCAGAUCACCAGUGUCACCACGGCCCAGGUGGCCACUAGCAUCACCGAGGACACCGAGAGCCUGGACGAUCCGGACGAGUCACGCACAGAGGACGUCUCCUCUGAGAUAUUCGACGUUUCUCGGGCCACGGAUUACGGCCCCGAGGAGGUCUGCGAGCGCAGCUCCUCCGAAGAGACGCUCAACAAUGUUGGGGAUGCGGAGACUCCCGGUACCGUCUCCCCCAACCUCGUCCUGGACGGGCAGCUGGCGGCCGCGGCGGCCACUCCCGCCAACGGAGGAGGAGCCGCUUCGGCCCGCAGCGUGGCUGGGGCGCUGGCCAGUACCUUAGCGGCGGCCGCCACCCCGGCCCCCUCCUCGGGGGCCCCCGGAGCCCCCCCGGUCGCGGGCCCCUCCGCUGGGCCAGGGACUGCCGCCCCGUCGCAGCCCCCCACCACUUGUAGUUCCCGUUUCCGCGUGAUCAAGCUGGACCACGGCAGCGGGGAGCCGUAUAGACGCGGUCGAUGGACGUGCAUGGAAUACUAUGAGCGUGAUUCCGACAGCAGCGUCCUGACCCGGUCCGGGGAUUGCAUUCGGCACAGCAGUACUUUUGACCAGACUGCGGAUCGGGACAGCGGCCUGGGCGCCACCGGAGGGUCCGUGGUGGUGGUGGUGGCCUCCAUGCCGGGGGCGCACGGGCCCGACUCGGGAACUGACAGCUCCUUGACUGCUGUGUCACAGCUACCCCCGUCGGAGAAAAUGAGCCAGCCCGCCCCGGCCCCGCUGCAGAGUUUUGGCGUUGGGCAGCCGCAGCCGCAGCCGCCGCCCGUAGGUGGGGCUGUGGCUCCGAGCUCGGCUCCGCUGCCGCCGUUCCCGGGAGCCGCGGCCGCGCCGCCGCAGAUGAUGGCAGCCCCGCCGCCCAGCCAGCCCCAGGGUGCCGCGCCUGGCUCCGUCCCCCCGGGGCCCAACGGACAGGGCCUGCCGCUGACGAAUGUAAGCCUGGCGCAGCCCGGCCUGGUCAUGCCUCCGCAGCCCGGCCCGGCCGUGGGCGCUUCUGCCGCGCCGCCGCCCCAGCAGUUCGCGUAUCCCCAGGCUCAGAUUCCGCCGGGCCAUCUGCUGCCCGUCCAGCCCGCCGGCCAGAGUGAGUACCUGCAGCCGCACGUGGCCGGCCUGCAGCCGCCCAGCCCGGCGCAGCCCUCGUCCGCGGGCGCCGGAGCGGGCCCCGCCGCGGCAGCCGGCCUCCCCGGGGGCCCCGGCCAGAACGCCGCCUCCACGGGCGCGCAGAUGAUGGGCGCGGCCUCCCUGCCUGGUGAAGCCGUGGCUCCGGGGCCGGGCCCCGCGCAGGGCGGACCCGCCGCGCCCGGUCAGCCGGCCGGAGUGCCCCCGGCUGCCGUGGGAGGCGUGGCGCCAUCGGGCCUGGUUCCCGCCGGGGCCGGGCAACCGCAGCCCGCGCCUCCGCCGCAGAUGGGUGGCAGCGGCGCGCCAUCGGCAGUGCCCGGCGGCCCUCACGCCGUGGUGCCCGGAGUUACGAACGUGCCUGCAGCCGCGCCCGCUCCCAGCGUGCCUACCACUUCUGUUACUAUGCCAAAUGUACCCGCGCCCUUGGCCCAGGCGCAGCAGCUGAGCAGCCAUUCUCCGGUCAGCAGGAGCGGCAGCAUCAUCCAGCACGUGGGGCUGCCCUUAGCGCCAGGCGCGGCCAGCGCACCGACGAGUCUACCGCAGUCUGACCUAAGCCAGUUUCAGACUCAGACCCAGCCUUUAGUCGGGCAAGUUGACGAUACUAGAAGAAAAUCCGAACCCCUACCUCAACCACCACUUUCUCUCAUUGCUGAAACUAAGCCUGUUGUGAAGCCUCCUGUUGCAGAUGUCCUGGCAAACCCUCUUCAGUUAACACCUAUGAACAGUCUCUCCACCUCUGUAUUCAGCAUAGCUAUUCCUGUUGAUGGUGAUGAAGACAGGAAUCCUUCAACUGCUUUCUUCCAAGCGUUCCAUUUGAACACGAUUCAGGAAUCAAAGAACCUCUGGGAUAGAUACCAGAAACGUUUAAGUGCAUCUGGGGGAGGUGGUGUAGCCAUUGACAACAAAAUAGAACAAGCAAUGGAUCUGGUGAAAAGCCAUUUGAUGUAUGCAGUAAGAGAAGAAGUGGAAGUUCUAAAGGAACAAAUAAAAGAAUUAGUUGAAAGAAACUCUUUACUUGAACGAGAAAAUGCACUGUUAAAAUCUCUUUCAAACAAUGAUCAGUUAUCCCAACUCCCAGCCCAACAGGCCAAUGCUGGUAGCACUUCUCAACAGCAAGCAGUGAUAGCACAGCCUCCGCAGCCAACGCAGCCUCCGCAGCAGCCGAAUGUGUCCUCAGCAUAAAGCUUUCUUGCCUCAUUAAGAAAAAAACUGAAAGCAAUCUAUCCUUGUGUGCCACUGGUGUUCUUUCCACUUUAUACGAAAGCAAGUAGCCAUGCUUCAGUUGUGUGUUUGGCCUUUUCAGUAUUAGACAAUCAUUCUUCAAGAGCUUUUCCUCUCUUUAAGAUGUCAGGCAGUGCUGUUGAUGUCCAGUUUAUGUCAUCAGUACACAAGGAGAGUAAUAGAUGGGGUGUAUUACAGGGAGCAAGGUUAGCAUUUUACCUGGUGCGCACGAGUGGGGUCUUUUAAGAGCUUUGGUGGCUCUCCCAUGUUUCCUUUUAUCCAUGGAUUUACCCUGAGCCUUCCUAUCGCAUUAUGAAUAACAGUUCAUCUAAAGAGCCACUUUUUUCUUUCAAUAUCAGUAACAUUUGCCUACAUAAGUUUUCAUUUAUUUGUGUUUUAUUUAUUACAGGGCUGCUAUUUUCAUAAUGUACAUGAACAAUGUCACAGAACUUUUUUAAUUUUUUUGAAUAAUUAUAAGUAUCAGUAAAGGAAUUGAAAGACAGGAUUGCAUUUAAUAGAUGAAACGUUUAGGCAAUAAUUGAACAAAAGAAUCCUGGCAUAUUUCUAACACUAAUGGCAAUUUACCUUCGGUAUUUAUUUUCAGUAGUGAAGACCCAGCUUGAAUGUAAAUUUUGUAUAGUGUAAGUAUGAAGAACAUAGUGCAACUGUACAGGUAGUCACCAGUUAUUGUGAUAUAAUAAAUAAUUGGGCUAUUUUGAUGAAGAAAACUUUGUUCAUUUGUUUCUACUUUCUAAUAGAGAAAUUGCCACGAUUCCUCUGCUUUUUGACAUUUCGUAUGACUUUUUUUUCGGGUGGGAAUAAAAAGCUGUGAAAUUGUUCAACCUACUUUGUAACCAAAGAAGCAAAGCUGUGUAAUGGAGGGUUUUUUUUUUGUUGUUUUUUUGUUUUUAUAAUGCACAUUCUUUAUGUAUUUUUAUUUAGUGCUCUCUCGGUCACAAUUUUCUUUGCUGUCUAGCAUGAUCUGCAUGACCUAUAAUCUUUGAACCACUUUCGUACCUCAUGUUUUUAUCCAGCACUCUUAUUGUAAUAUGUACUAGUCUGUGAACAAUGUCAAAUAAAAAAGAACGAACAGGUAGUAUGGUGGAGCUGAGCUAGUGUACUAUACACUAGUUGUAAAAAAAAAAAAAAAAAAAAAAAAAUAACGAAGUGAGCCAUCUUUUUGUUCAUUUAAAAUGGUGUUUUGAAUUUCGUAUGCAGAAAACGUUUUGUUACAUUGCAGAUUUUAAUGUAUUUAAUAAAUGCAACAUGCAGAUUAAGUGCAGUGUAUACUGAGUAUUUAAAUUAAAAUGUACAUUUCAUAAAUACAGUUUCAAGAGAAAGCAUCAUUUUGUGUAUACUAACACAUUAAGUAUAUGUCAGAAAUUGAUGUAUAAAUAUAUAUUUUAACACAUUUUCUGAAAUUAAACUGCAGUUUUGUUGAAAUAUUUGGCUCUAUAUGUGUUCAAAAUUUAAUUUGAUUAGAUUUGUAUUUUCAGAGUUCCAAAUAUUCCUUCAAUGAAAACCUAUGUUAUUAAUGACUUAAUGAUGGUUCUUAAAUUUUCAAAGUAAAAUAAUUUAAAGAAUGCAAGAAUGGUGAGCAAUAUUUGUACUCAAUAUUCAUAUUAUGUCAAUGACAUUUAAGUAGGAAAUCCUUGUCUACCAGAACUUUUACUUGAAUUCAGAAAGGUGCCUGUAGAAAUUAACAUGCUCUGUAUCCAUAGCCAACUAGCUAAUCAGGAGUUAAUAAGAAUCAAUAGUUAGGCCUUUGCAUUAAAAGAAGAUAAAUAAGUGUUCUUUAUCUGUCUAAAAUUAAAACUUAAAUAAGUCACAAACUAAAUGCAUAAAAUCAGAGUGUACAUGGGAUUUCCAAUUAUUUUAUAUUCUAGUUAUGCUGCAGGAUAUAGUCACUAAAAACACAAUUUUAAUGUUAAUAGAAAUAACUAUAAAGGAACUAAGUACUUAGGCUUGAAGAAGCAACCUAAAGAUAUGAAGUAAGAUUUUUUAAUAGAGCCGUCCCAGGUGAGCUAGAAAGUGAAACUUCCACGUUGGAAUGUUAACCAAAAGUCUCACCGGGUGCACCCCUCAAGUGCGAACAGUGUGAUAUUUAAUACAGGUGGAAAAAAACGUAUUAGAAAAGGUUGGGGUUUAUGUGAAAAUAUAAAUUUUGGUGUUGGGGGUAGAAAAACAUUAUAAAUGCUAAAGUAAUAGUCACAAAGGAAAUGAUUAAUAAUGCUUUAAAUGGUAAUUAAAAGCAAUUAUUACUACUUCUACAUUAAAAAAAUCACGAUAGAAGAGAGAACAUGAAUAGUUCACAGAAGAAAUAAAUGGCAGUUUCUAAAGGUUCACCCUCUAGUAACCUAAGAAAUACAAGUUAAUAUUUAACAAAUUAUUUGUCCUUUAAAUAGCAGGACCUAAUGUAGAAAGGCAAACUUUCCUGUGAACUUCUAGAAAGUAAGAUGGCGAAAUGUAUCGAGCCUUAAAUAAUAAACUUUUCAACUUAAUGACAUGAGAAGAUACUCAACUACUGGUGCCAUGUUCAAAAAAUGCAAAACUAUAGUAGUGCCUGUCCUCUGCUUUCCCAACUCCCCCCGCUUCUCUUGUAUGACCCAUCCCCCCUGUACAACCCCAGAAAUAGCUGUGAAAGGAAACCUGUACAUCCAAACCUACUCUCAUGAGGCAUGCCCCCAAUCCAAAGUCAGGGACAAACUUAAGGGUGGGAAAGCUAUGUGCUUUUCAGCAUCAGAUAUACUGUAUAUUUGAAAACAACAUCAAGCAUUCCUCCAAAUUAUUAGUUUAGGAUCUUAAGUAAAUUUCAGUUUUUCCUCAGAUAUUUAGGGUCUCUAGUUAGCUGGAAUAUUAAUUUAUUGAGAUGCCAAUUUGGGAGCACAGUCUUGUAUGAAUGCCAUCUGUAAUUUUCUCGAAAUGCUCAUAGACCAAGGUGCCACAUACAUGUUCUGUUGGUUUACUUCAACCAACCCCAAAAUCAUAGGUAGAAAAUGUUUCUGAUAUGGCAAUGUCUUCAGUACAAACCUAAUUUUCCCCAAAGAAAAAUCAUUUCAAGUAGCUACAAUGUGAUUUUAUAGUUUGAUAUACACCUCCCUCCCCCCAAGAAAUAGAGGGAUUGUGAGAUAUUAAAUAUAUGGUUACUCUAACUCAUAAUUUUUCGUUCAAAAAUAGCUGGAUAUUUCCAAUGUUCUGAGCUAAGCAUAAAUAAGUAUAAAAAAAGGAAUGCUUUACCAUCAAGCCCUCAGCGAUGGGUAAUUAAAACUGCCAUUAUUCACAAAGAAUUGUCACAGGUCAGAGAUUAGGGUAUUUCUCCAAAUUCCAAACCAUAGUCACUUCUGGACGUUUAAAAAAACGGGAAGUGGGGAGGGUGGGCGCAGUAUCCUUCCGAUUAGAGUAACCAAAUACCUGUUCAUGAGAAUUCAUCCUUGUAGAACCAGAAAUAUCACCUAAUUUUCUGGAAACAAAUUUUUAAGAUGAUCUGAAGUCACAUUUUAAAGGAAGCUUUAUAGCUCAGUGGCAGGCACUUGGUGACAUGACUCAGUUCUCUUCAAUAAUUAAAAGGACAAAGCCCAGCCCUCAAGUUUCAGAGUUUAAUUAAGGAUAUAGACAAACUAAUAUAUGAUGCACUAAUAAAGACUUGUUAUACACAGUCAAGGAUGGCUUUGUUAGGGAAGGUUUCUUCAAGGAGGUGACACCUGAGUCUUGAAGGUCACAAAAGUAAAACAGUACUCAAAGUCUUAAAGGAGAGCAUAAGCAAAGCUCCUUGAGAAGCCACAGAACUGUUCCACAGGACGCACGCAGGCAAUGACUGCCUCACCUGAGUAGUUUGGCAUCAAUUCGGAAAACAGGAAUGAUUUAUUGAAUGAUUUUAAGCAAUGGGAUUGUAAUCAGAAUUGCAUUUCAGAAAAAUUAAUCAUUCCAGUGGCACAUGAGAGGUAGUUGGAGAGCUAAAACUAGAAACAAUUUAGGAGAGACAAUAAUAAUCCAGAACAGAAAUGAUGGAUAGGCAAAAUUAUAUAGGCAAUCUUGGUUCAUGAAGGAAGUUUGUCUUGAGUUCUGUACCAUUUUUCUCUCCACAGUGAACAUUCCAUUCCCAGCAUCAGGUGCCUGUUAUUUCUUGCUCCAAGGAAAGAUCAGAGAGCUCCAAGUCUUAGAAAGUUUAAGACUUUUCCUUCCAACAGCCAUAUAUCUCUAUGAAACGAAAGACGUUGUUUCCUGUUAAAGGAAUUUCAAGAAUUUAGCAAAGGGGUAGGGGGGACUAGAGAAGCCUUAGCUGUCCCUUUAUGCCUCUGUGUAAAUCCAGCCCUAAAGGUAAACCAAAUUUAGUCCUUUUAUAGUGGACUAGGAUUAGAAUGGCCCAGAAGCAUGAAUUCAAAGUCUGCCCCUCAGAGCUAGCCCUUCCUCCCGAGAAAGGAUAAAAGGGGUUCUAGCCCCACUGCAGAUAUUGACAGCCCGUCAGAACAGGUUUUGCUAGGCUUUAACCUUUCAUUCUUUGACACAAUUCAGAAGGUUUCUUUCUGUCCUUUAAGCCCCCUGCGUAAGCAAAACUGGACCUUUUCUCCCACCUCCUCCUGCCUAGUAAUCCAUGUUUUUAUUUUCUAGCAAUACUAAUAGUGUAUUAUUUAGUGAUGUGUAUUUGCAUCCAAUUUUUCCCCUUUUUGACAUUCCAGUAUGCACUCCUGUUUCAUAUAUUUCUCUACCAAUUCACAGAAAUUUUAAUGGUAAAAUCUGUUCUUUAAAUGCACGUAUUCCUUUCGUCAGUAGAGAGAUUACUGUAAAGUGUAGUUUAAUGAUUUCCUUAGUGGUCUACAAUUAGGCUGACAUGCUGUGUUCACAAAUAAAAAUGCUAAGUGAGGCACUAUACAAAGUAAGUUAAAGGUCAGAGACAUCCUUUUUUUUUAAGAGAAUCAUCAAAAAUAAAAAGACAGUCUUUCAGGAUUGGUAAUGGUAAGGUAAGGAGCUGGUAUUUUUGCACUGGCACGAUUUACUUAGUCAUAGAAUUUGUUCAACAUACUUGGGUGGUGAGUUAUCUUUAUUUUUCCUUCUCCUCACCAGGGGAACUGAUAGUUUAAGUAGUUUGGGGAAUUUUCCCAUAGUCUGAUGUCUUGUGUUGAGCUGUAAAACAGAGCAGUGAAGUUUAUGGGCUAAGGCAUUACCCAUGAAAGCCAAAGCCACCCCUUUGAAAGAAGGAAGGAAAAGGUGUGCUAAUAACUCAGAUCAUAAAAAUAACUGAAUUUUAAAAUACGGCAAAUGUCACACUUGUACUUUCCUAUAAAAAAAGUUGAGUUUACCUUCUUUAUUUCCUUCUUUUGCAUGCCUGAGAUAUUUCUGUAUAACAACUGCAAUCCAAAAUGUUUUCCAGAUCACAGUUCUGUCAUUUAACAGGCAAGCAACAUAUCUAUACAUAGAUUAUACCUAAGGAAGUCCACGAACAUCAAGGGAACAUUUUUCUCACACUUGGGCAUGAAUUAUCAGGUCAGUGUCUAAAUCUAGCGUUCCUACUUUUAAAAAAGAAAUAUAUAUAUAUAUAUAAUUUAAUCAGAUGGCAGAUGGACAGAAAAAAAUAAAUAUGUAUAAUUUUGUGAUGCCCCUAAAGUAAAGGUUUUGUUUUUGAGAAGCUUGAGUUUUAUUUUUUAUUUUAUAGAAACAUUGUUGAAAUGCAAUUCAAUUCUAUUUCAGUUCAGGUGCUGCACCCAGUACUGGAUGUUUGGGGAUAGAAAGAUGAAAGAGACAUGAUUUGUGCACUCCAGGAGCUCAUGGUCCAAUGUAAAAGUAAAAGCUAGAGUGUCACAUUGUUUUUUUCAAAAUAUAUGUCACAGUUUGUGGACCUCAGAUCAUUUGUUGAAUGAAAGGUUCUUAUAAAUGAACAGUAAUAUUGCCAUGCCACGUGAUACCAUUUGACAUUGCCAGGAAAAAACUUUAAAUCACCGAAAAUCUUUAACAUCAAAUACUUCUAGAAAGAGGGGAGCUAGUAAAAAGGAUUCCGUCUCUAUAUUUAGCCUGUGAGGUGUUCCCUAAAAAAAAAAGAAGUAAUCUGAAAGAGAAGUUUACACAUUUCUUAAUACUCUGUUUGUAGAUAACAACUGAUUUAAUUGAAUAGAAUUUGUGUGUUAUGAAUUACAUCAUCGACUGUCUCAUAAAGAAUACAUUCAUUAUCUUGGCUGAUAAAAUCAGCUACCGUUCAAUGAACCAAGUUAAGAAUAACGCAGGUACCUGAUGCCAAAAUUAAAUCUGAUAAAGCUGAGAAUCCAGAAACAAACACAAAUAUAUAUUGAGUAAAUGAUGAAAGUGACAUUUCAAAUCAAUAAGGGAAGAAUGGAUUAUUCAACAAAUAGUAUUGAGACCACAUAACCAUUUGGGAAAAACAAGUUUAGAUCUCUAACAAAAAUUAAAUUCCAGCCAGACUAGCAGUGAGCCUUAUGCUUUUUGGUCACAUACUCCUUUUAGAAAUAUCCUUGUGAAAACGCACUUGAGCAAAAAGUUUUACAAAUAGGUUAUGAAGAGAUGCCCAACUUUAGCAAAAUAAGGGAAAUGCACAUUAAAACACGAGACUAUCUCAGAUCCAAUUGGCGAGUAUUUAAAAUGAAUCAAGAGUGUGGGGAAACAAGAAUCCUACAUUGCUGGUGAGCAUAUAAAUUAGCAUGGCCACUUCUAAAGGCAGCUGAGUGGUAUCCAUUCCAAUUUUAAAUUCACAUGCCCUGUGACCCAAUAAUUCCAAUUUUUAAUGAAACACACUUUACACAUUUUUGUUCACAAGGUGGCUUGUAUAAUGAUGGCUGUUGUACCUUCGGUUGUAAUAAUAUAAAAUUGGAAAAACCAAAAUAUGCAUCAAGGGGACGGAGCAUGGUACAUGUUAUAAAACACUAGGCAUCAAUGAAAAAGGAGAGUCCUACAUGCACUGACAUGAGAUGAUCUCUAAGAUCCAAUGUUAAAUUUUUUUAAAGUUUAGGGGAAAAUGGAAGGACAAUACAUGAAACCCACAAGAUACCAUUGAUGUUAAAAAACAUACCACAUCCAUUCACAUACACAAAUACUGUAUAGUGUACAUCUUAAGUACCUAAUUGUGUAUUAUAAAAAUGUACAGAGAAGCUCUGGAAGGGUACUAACCAAACUGUUCACAGUAGUUUGGUGGAGUGCAUUAGCUUUACCUGUAAUGUCUGAUGUUUUUGAGUAUGCAUUCAUGUAUUGUUUGUG